UGCAAAGGGGUUGUUCAGAAAAGGCUGCAAAUCUGUGUAGAGUUGGAAGGAAAUCAGCCUUCAGUGCUGAAAGGACAGGACAUUUCUCCGCUGACCCAAAGUGAGGAAGGCCUGAACUCUCUACCUCACCCUGCAAAUUCCUCUGGAGAAGCCUGCAAUGUUCCUCUGGCUGCUGGUCGUCACCUUUGCUGCAGCCCCUGAAGGUACCCUUUCCAACAUAAAAAUGGUGGCAUCUGGUCCCAAGGAGGGGAAAGUCUUCGGAUCAGUCCCACUCACCUGCACUGUAACAGGAGCACCUUUGGAUAGCCCUCGCUAUGACUGGAAUUAUGUCCGUCUGGCUCCAACAGGGGAGCUGCAAUUUCUAGCGUGGAUCUAUCCUUUUGGGAAUAACACAGGCUAUGCCCCACCUUUCCAAAGCCGAGCCACCAUCUCUGCAGAUAAAGCCAAAAAAAAGGUUUCCCUGCAGCUGCAUGCCCUUACAGCCAUAGACACAGCCACCUACUUCUGUGCCAGACAGCACACCAUAUAAUCAAUGGCUGUGGAAACAGACAAGCUUGUAUUUGGAAGUGGGAUCACUUUCUCAGUUGAACCAAACAGACAAGAAUAUUCUACACCAGAAGUCAUUGCACUUAAAUCAAAUGAACCCAAACAAUAUAGCAGCAAAUUUAACAUAGCUUGUUUGGCAAGGACAUUCUACCCUAAGAACAUCAGUCUUGAUGGGCCUGAGGGUCACAUUGUAUAUGAUCUGAAGGCACCUCUUGUCACAUCAGAGGGGAUGUACAGUACCUGGAAGGUAAUUGGAGUAACACCAAAUGCAGAGGGGACCUGCAAGGCUGUGCACAAGAGGAAUGAGACGGCAGCCAGCACAAUCCUGCCAGAAGAGAAAGCUGAAGAACUGGUGACAGGGAAUGCUUGCAACAUUACAGAUGCCUCUACAAAAGAUGUCAAAAUGGAAAAAAUGAAUAUGCUCUUCAUGGCUGUUUUGUGUUUGAGAGUCCUGCUGGCAAAAAGCAUUGCCUUCAGUACACUCAUGACUAUCAAGCUAUUCAUCUUUGAGGCUAGAUCAGAGCACCUCAGGUUACAUCAAAAAUCUUCUGCUGGCAGCUUCAAGUGGAGAAAGUCUGGAGAAAAGUCCAGACAAGUGAAGACUACAAAGGGAGAAUCCCCAAAUCCAACAAAUUUGAAAAAGGGGAAGGAAAAAAGUAGGUGGGAGAAUUCUGAAGAUCAAGUACACAAAAUGACCAAAAAGAUUAUCCAGUUUAUUCUGAAUUCACAGAAAUUAGGCACAACUUCAUUAAACAAAUGUUGCUCUUUCAGGUACUGGGUAAGUGAGCCAGCGACAGGCUGAAGAGUGGGAGAAAACAUGUAACAGUGUAAUUUAAACACUGUGGCUCAACUUUGCUGCCAAUAAACAUCUAAGGAACCGAAGAAGCAAUACCCCUUCCCAGUUCCUGUAGAUCUGAGUCCCAUCACUUUAUCAAGGUGCUCUUCAGUUAACACCAUCUGAAAGCUUUCUUAAACAGUUAAUAUUGUUGAACUCUUGUCUUGCUAAGUUUCAUUAAUCAUUACAACAAUUUUUUGUUAUAUUUGAUUCAUAACAGAAAUUGUCUUCAACCUACUGCUAAGCAGGAAUACUUAGAUGUCCUACUCCUCUAUCCACUGCACUGAAGUACCCAAGGUGCUUAGAUAGUUUUGAAAGCUUAAAACUGAGCUUUAUACUUACUAUGCUUUAAAAGUAGCAUCUCUAUUCGUAUUACAUUACUGUCUACAAAAGUAAUGCCAUACUGCUUAGGGAUCCCAGGCAGAGAGGAAGCGUUAUAUGGUUUUAAUUUUUAGAUGCUUUUAUUAGUGCUAAUUUUCUAGUGUAGGUGAACAUAUUUCCACUGGACCUGAAGGAACUCAUGUUACACAGAUAUAUAGUAGGAUUUUCCUUUGCUCCUCCGGAAACUUUCUUCUCUUUGUCGGGUAUAUGGAGCCAAUAUUUUAGGUUUCUUAAUAAAGAUCAAAAUAAAAUUUUAUUAUGCUGAA